AUGUUUUCUCCACCAAUGGCUGAUAUUAUUGAGAUGUCAGAUUCAUUAGAUGACGAUUUUUCCUUACAAGUUGAUCCAUUAACUGUGAAAGAAAGUGUUACUGUUGCACCAAGAACUACCACAGUUGUAACAUCUGCCAAUUCAUCAUCAUCAUCAUCAUCAUCAUCAUCAUCAUCAACAACAACAACAAUCAAUCAAUCAAUAAACGUUAUGGUUCAAAAUUUAAAAAAGAGUGGUUAUGCAAUCCGAGCUUUUCUAGCAAAAACUAUUUAUGAAACAUUUCAUAUGAAAACAUCAGAGCUUAAUAAAUUGUGUGCUGCAGAAGGCACUAUGGUUUUUCAUGCUGUUAAGCACUCUCACAGUUAUAUUUCACAAGCCUGUACAAUUAAUUUAAGUAAAAAAUGCUUUCCAGACUCUUCAAUAGCAAAAAACAUUACUUGUAAUCGAACUAAAGCUAGUGAAAUAGCAUGUAAUGUACUUGCGCCAUCGAUUACAGGUUCUGUGGUUCUUGAAUUGCGUGGUGUUUCCUUUUUUUCUGUUUGUUAUGAUGCUUCCAACAAAGGAAAUGCUAAAAUGCUUCCAAUCGUAGUUCAGUUUUUCUCAAAAUUCGGUGUUAAAUAUGUGAUUCUUGAGUUUAUUGAACAACAACAUGAAUCAGCUGAUGCAUUAUUUAAUAAUAUAAAAUAUGUGAUCGAAGCAAAUGGACUUAAUCUUAAUCAGCUAGUUUCAAUUGGGUCUGACAACACCAACGUGAAUGUUGCCAAUUGUUAUUCUCAUAUUCUUCAUAACUCAGUAAAACAUGGAAAUGAACAUUUAUUGUUUGAUAUUGAAGGCGUAUUAUUAAAGAUAUAUUCUCAUUUCGGUAGAUCAUCAGUUCGUUCACAAGAACUUGUGAAAUAUUUCGAAUUUGCUGAACAAGAGCAAAAAGUAAUUCUUAAACAUAUUCGAAUACGAUGGCUUAGUCCUUUACAAUCGAUUGAACGUCUUAUUGCUAUAAAUCCAGUUAUUAAAAGUUAUUUUUUAAAUCUUGGAAACAACGAAUGUCCGGGCUUGUUGUUGAACUUUUUCACUUGUAAUAAAGGUGAAUGUUCGCUGUACUUUUUAACGAAUAUCUUACCAGAAGUGCAAGCUGCUAAUUUAUCAUUACAACGUGAAUAUACAACUGGUGUUAAUUUACAUAAUAUCAUUACAAAUUUAAUUCGUAAACUAAAUAACCGUUUACGUGAUGAUUUUUUUGGCUAUCUAGAUGGUUUAUAUAAUGAUUUUAAUAAUAUAAAAUCGAAAUAUAUUGGAUCGAAAGAAAAAUACGAUGGUAUUAAUAAGCAAAUAGAAUCAUUUCUCUCAUCAAAUUUAGGUGCAUCAAAACGAGCUGAAGCACGAGCUAAUGAUGGUGAUGGUCAAAGUUUAUGUGAUGAAUGUGAAGAUGAAGAUACACACGAUUUUGAUUCCGAUGAUGAUGAACGUGAUGCCAGAUGUCAUAAAAAUCAAAAAGAAAAUCGUCCAGUGAGAGUUGAUCAUUUGUGGGCGUAUUUAAUUGAUGGUGAAGAUGUGCCUAACUUAAAAAAGCUUGUUCAAUUUGCAUUUUCUAUUCCUGCUUCAAAUGCAUUUUGUGAAACAAUCUUUAGUCAUAUGAAAUACUUAUGGAAUGACAAUAGAAAUCGAAUGAGCCAUGAUUUAGUUGGAGCAGAGUUGAAGAUUAAAAUGAACACUCAUUUUACUUGCGCACAAUUCUAUGAUUAUCUUUUAAAUGAAUCAAAUCUUUUGAAACAGAUUCAAUCGUCAGAUAAGUACAGUCACUUAGCAAAAGUGCCACGAAUUGCUGAGUAA